AAGUCCCACGUCGCGCCUGUAAGCAAGCCAAUUCCGUUCUCCAUACAGUCCUCUACGUCUGUGCAGAUUGAGCUGGACCUGGAGCCUCCACAUACUAAAAGUCUCGACGUUGACAGUAUCUGCCCGCUUCUGCAUGCACUCUCCCAGACCACACGCCUCCCACCAGUAACGAGAUUUCACGACGAGCCUCGAAAUCCAUUCCCGCCACGAUGGCCAGCUCCAACACCGCCGCCGCUGCAAUCAACAUCACGCACAGCCUCACAAUCGCCGCGUUAGCCACCCUCGGCGGUGUUGCUCUGAGCCUGCGGGUCUGGGUCAUGCCCGCCAUCAGCCUGGUCCAGCGACCUGGCAAAACCACCGCCUCCACGUCCAAUCCCACUAUGACCAAGAACAACACGAUAACCCAGAUCCGGCAGUUCAACCACGUCAUCUCGCUGGGCUUCAAGUAUCUCCAGUCGAGCAGCCGCCUUAUACCCGUGGUCCUGCUCGGGCUGGCGGGCGUGACGUGGUACCACAGCAACCACGGUCACACGGUCGCUGGUGUUGGGGAGGGGCAGCAGGUCCAGCAGGACUGGACGCACUACCUCAUCGCCCUUUUCGCGCUCGGCUGCACCGCGCCGUGGGAGGCUUACCUCAUCUUUCCGAUCAAUCGCGAGAUCGAGGCUAUUGGGAGGGCGCUGGAAGGUCUGGAAGAGCUGGAAGGACGCCAGAAGCAGCGGGUUGAGAAAGGAGGAGAAGCUGCCGAUUCCUCUGGGUUGAACGGGAGCAUUACUGGCGAAGAGGACGAGGAAAGGACGGCCAGGGAGGUGCAGCGGCUGUUUGACAAGUGGCAGAAGUGGCAUACCGGUAGGAUUGUUAGCCCCUUUUUCGCGGUCCUGAUUCUCGUGGGGAGUGGCGCUGGGAUUCUGCCGGGUGUGCGGUUAUGGUGAGCCAACGUGAGCAUAGUUUCUAAGUGUAGUCUCCGCAGAGGACUGUCGCAAGAAAGGAUCGAAAUCGCAAAUUAUGGCAAGUAUACUUGUUCUGGUUAGUUGCAAUCACGACGAGGGCGAAUACAAACCAACUUAGGAGCGACGCCAACGUCGUUGAAGACGAGACAAUCAGCAUUACCAGGCUCCAGUGGGAUAGAAACCACCGGGUCGUGACAAAUGAAAACUUCUGAAGGGAGACAACCCCAUUUC